AUGCCACUCGCGAACCUCCCUACGUAUAAUGAACAAAACACCAAAAACUGGUUUCUUCAGUUGGAAGCGAUCUUCUCUGUACGGAGGAUAGCAUCGCAACAAUCGAAAUUUACCAACAUAGUGCAAGUCUUGCCACCUAAAGUGGUCGACGAAGUAGCCGACAUUCUAGAAAAUGUACCCGAGCAGGAGCCAUAUACUCGGCUAAAGGAUGCGAUAUUAAAACGCACCGGCCGUUCGGACGAGGAUCUACUCUGGGAACUUUUCACCCACGUCACCAGGGGUGACAGAACACCCUCACAGCUCCUACGCUUCAUGAGAAGCCGACUGAGAAAGCAUUCGAUGGCCAAAUCUAUCCUACGCGAACUGUGGAUGGACAAGCUACCCACCACAAUAACGCAGAUAUUGGCGCCAAUCGCAGAAAACACACCACUGGACCAGUUAGCAGACUCCGCCGACCGCAUCGCAGCAAAGCUGGACCAAGGAGUGUGUGCCGUGCGGAACCCAGACGACACACCAGCAAAAAGCAAAGAUCUGGAAGAAGCAAUGGCAGAACCAACAACCGUAUCAGAAACAGCCAUCAAACUCGAGAUGCCCGCCUUCAAUGCAAAUGUGCAAACGUGGUUCCUUCAGCUUGAUGCGAUAUUCCAAGCUAGGCGCAUAACUUCUCAGCAGUCAAAAUUUGCGGCAGUCGUGGAGAAGCUACCGGCAGAAAUAGCAGCCGAAGUAGCUGAUAUACUAACUUCAGUCCCAGUUGAAAAACCAUACGAAAUCCUAAAAGAAGCGAUAUUGCAUAGAUCAGGUUUUUCGGAGGAGAAAAGAAUACGUGAACUCCUGUCCAAUGUCACAACCGAAGAUGCCAAACCUUCACAGUUACUUCGAAGGAUGCAGCAGUUAUUAGGCGAAAAUGACAUAUCGACCACAGUAUUCAAACAAAUGUGGCUGGACAAGCUACCGCCAGAGGUUACACUGUUAACACCGUCGUCACGAAAUGAACCCGUUAGACAUCAUGCUAAACACAGCAUUAAAACAACUGGUUUCCCAGUUUAUUCCCAACCACGUAGGCUUCAUCCCGCCAAAUUGAAAAUCGCAAGAGAUGAGUUCGACAAUAUGCUCAGACUGGGAAUAAUACGCCCUUCAAAAAGCCCUUAUGCCAGCCCUCUACACAUGGUUACAAAAAGCAGAUUCAGUCAGUUGGCGUCCAUGCGGAGAUUAUAG